CACAAUAAACAAGGCAUUAAAACUCUAUAUGGCCGGCGGACAAAAAGCAUAUGACGAGAUACGCAGACAGAACUUACCAUAUCCAAGCAUUCGCACAUUACAAGCUUGCACUAUCCCAUAACAAUUAUCAGGUUUAUAUAGAAAGUAUCGCAUUUUUAAAAGAUUUUCUAGAUAUUGUUCGAGGAAUAAGAGUUGGAGACGGGAAGUGGAAACCGUUCCAGACCGGUUUAUUGUUAUGCACACAAACUGCCCUUGAUGUGCAGAUAUUGUAUUUAGAGAAACAUAAGUUUUCGUACUUGCUAUUAGGCAGAUUCACUCAGGAUGCAUUAGAAAACUUGUUCUCAGCAGUACGCAACAAAAACGCAGUACCUGAUGCACGGGAAUUCAAGCAAGCAUUAAGGCUUAUUUGUUUAUCGCAAUUUCAAACAGACGUUCGUCGUUCCAAUUAUUCGGCAAAUGACGCUGAUUACAUUAUUGAAUAUUGUAACGACAUAAGAAAGUUAGAGGUGAAAAGUAAGGAAAAUCUAUGUCUCGAUAAUAUUGAUGAGGAAUUAUGGGAUGAACCAUUAUAUUCGCCAUUAAUUGGAAACGAAGAUAGCCUUAAUGAUAUUGUCACGAUGCUAAUAAUAAUCUAAGUUAUUACACAACAUUACGACAGUAUAAGAAUAACGUUUUACUUUUUCCAACCACUGAUGUAUUUAAUAUUAUGUAUAAGUGCGAGUUAUCAUUUCGAAAAAA